AUGAAGGACGACAUAAUCGGUAGUUUGCAGCAAGCAGCACCAUUUCCUUACCGUUUGAUGGAUUUUAGACAAGAACAACAACAAGCUGAUGAGAUGGAGGACGACAAUGGGGAUGAUGAUCGGUUCGUCGAUCUUACGAACUGUAAUGACAGCACUAGCGACACUGUUGGAGCUGGUGGUGGAGUAGAGGACAAGGCAGGAGGAGAUGAGGUUCCCAUUGGAGUGGACGUUUGUGUGGAUAUAGAGAAGAUUCACUCAGAGGAGGAACAAGAAAAACAGCAGCGAAACUCCACCACCAGCAACAACAACAAAAACUCCUCCAGGGCAGAUGGUUCGGGAGUAAUUGGCAACAGGAAACAGAGGAGACGGAAUGUGCCAAACCAACAACAGCAUCAUCAAAAGAAAAAGAUGAACAAAGCAACAAACUCCAAGGAGAAUCAUUCCACCAAUACCGGUACUAGUAAUGGGAGGAAGCGAAUGAGACAAGAGUCCAAACACAACCAAUCAACCAAGCCUUCCUCUACUAUUAAUAGUACAGCUACCAAUACUGGAAGUUCCAAAAAUGAAACAAACAAAAAGAAGAGAAGGAGGCGCAAGACAACUAAGUGCCAAACCAAUCAGCAAAAAAAUCACCUGGAGAAAAUACAAAAACCAAUGGAGAAAGUUAAGGUUGGGAUAAAUCCAGUAGACCAAUUUGCAGAUGCUGAAGAAGAAGGGGACUGGUGCAAAUAUUCACAACUAUUGCAUCAAAGUAAUACACAGCAACAACAACAAAAACAAAAACAACGAACUUCCACACAAACAGAACUGCAUUCCAACACGAAGAACCACAAGCAUCCCGCUGCUUCCAAAGGAAAACGAUGCACAGGCAAGUCAUCAUUGCGACAACAAAAGCCAACUCAACCACAAAAACAUUCCAACCAAACAGACAUGUCACAGCAACAGAACCAAGACGCCAUGGACCCAGUUGGAGUUGAUAUCAGUGUGGAUGUUGUAGAUAUGUAUCUGCAAGUAGAUGGUGAUUAUCAAGAUUGUCUAGAGCAAAACGAACAUGGUCAAGAUCACAUCCACAAAGGGCGAAUGGGAGAGGGAUGUGCUGAUUCAGUACUAUUGCAGCAAAGUAUUAUGCAACAAAAACUGCAACAAACUUCAACAAAAGAAUAUAUGCAUUCCAACACAAAAAAUCACAAAAGACUCACUGCUCCUAAGCGAGAACGAUCCAGAAGCAAGUCAUCAUCACAAGACAAGCUAACACAACCACAAAAACAAUCCUUAUCCAACCAAACAGACACGUCAAGACCAGAAAACCAAGAUACAAUGGAACCAGUUGGAGUAGAUAUCAGUGUGGAUGUUGUAGAUAUGUAUCUACAAGCAGACGAGGACCACCAAGACAACAGAGAUGGAGGAAAUGAUCAUGGUCUAGAGCAAAACGAACGUGGUCAAGAUUACAUCCACAAAGGGCGAAUCGGAGAGGGGUUCUCUGAUUCACUACUAUUGCAGCAAAGUAGUACACAGCAACAACAAACUUCAGAACAAGCAGCACUGCACUCCAACACCAAGAACCACAAUCAAGCCACGGCUUCCAAGCAAAAAAGAUCCAGGGCCAAGUCAUCAGUACAAGACAAGCCACCACAACCACAAAAACAAUCCAACCAAAGAGACACACCAAGACAAGAAAACCACGAUAUCAUGGAACCAGUUGGAGUAGAUAUCAGUGUGGACGUUGUAGAUAUGUAUCUACAAGCAGACGAGGAUCAUCAGGACAAUGGUCAAGAUCACAACUACGCUCGGAAGACGGCAGAGGGGGGGCAUGUGCUUUCUCAAGCUGAAUCGUCGCCCUUGUGUACUAAUAAUUCAACCGAGGAACAGCUGAAACAACAGCAACAAUUGAUACAAAAACUUAAGGAAGAUCUGCAAAGGGAAAAGGAAGAGUCACACAAGAAGGAUGACACGCUGAAACGAUACGAAACACUUCUAAACAGCCAAUCCAGAAAUCAAGGGGAGUGCAGCAACAACAACAACGAAACUCACUACGACUCGACAAAAGACCGUCCUCACGACAUAGGCGACCAGGAGGACCGAAAAGUAGCUGCAACCACCCAGCCGUUUCACGGUGGUCAGAAAAAGCCCCAUCCGAACAAUGGUCGGCAAUUCGCAUCAUUGCCGAGUUGCAACAAGAAAGGGGGUGAUGAAUGGGUUUCCUGGCGAAAGGCGGGGGUAUCGGACAACGUGUCGCACUCUGUGGAUGGUGUCGUUGAAUUGUUAGGGACCGACGAGGAGAGUUGCUCGGACGAGGAUUUGUUUGCGCAAAGUGAGGACGAACAAGACGAGGAAGAGCUCCGUCAGGAACAAGGUGAAAAUGAGCCCACAAACCUGUCCGCGGCGAAUCCUAUCGACGUUGACGACAAUCAAGACGAUGAUAGCGACGAAGACCUCUUUGCCGGCAGCGAUGAUGAUGAAGAGGAUGAGCAAAUGGGGACAACCACCGCCAAUGUUCUCACACAACAAUCAUCUGGGGACGACGAGAACGAAUCAAGUUCCAGUUCUCGUGAGAUCAGAAAUGGGACUAUUCCUCCGAAAGAGUGUGUCUCGCCAAGUGCCAGAAAGAUCUCGGUCUGCGAAGACGUUGAGCCGACUACAAAAAAUGUCCUCUACGGUGAUUCCAGCGAAGCUAAUACGACUAUCGAACCCAUUACCAAUCGACCGGCAUGGAAUAAGUCCGUUGCUAAAUCCGAGGUGGCAAAACCAAAAGAAGCUGAAGAUCAGCGUGGAGCCGUACAUGUAGGACUUGAGGAGGCCGCCGAGGACAAUCCAGGGGCAUCGUCUCGUCCUAACUUUAUCGUCAUUGACGAUGACGACUCUGACGACGAAGUUGAAGUGUUGUUCACCCAGGAAGCGAGGAUUUCGGGGAGGAAGGAAGGUGGAGUGAAACGACAGGGGUUCGCCGUUUCCAAUAGUGAUAUAGGAAAGGAACCGUACAUGUAUGUAAAGCGUCCUGUUCCACCCAACAAAAGAAAUCCAUCAGAGAACAUGUUCAGAGGAGAUCGAGAUUUCUCCUUUCGAUUGUCGACGGAAACGGCGCAAGAAAUGCAAGAGCGACUUCUGCGUGACUGCGUAACCCGAAUGAAGAGCAUCGGCGAGAAGGAUCCAUCUCGAAUUGCCAAUGAAAGGCCGCUAUUCAUUGGGGUACCCAUAUCGGACAUCUUCAGGCAGCACCCCGAUCAUUGGAAGUGGAAGGAUCCGUGGGCACGCCUGGGACUUCCUCGCCACUCCGCUGCCCAUUUGGUGAAGAGUCAUUACAGAAAGCUUGUGCUUCUGUAUCACCCGGACAAGGCGAGAUACCGUGACUCAACACAGCGGUUCCAUGCCAUCACAGAGGCCUACAGAAAGCUGACAGCGAAGUGA